GCAGCCAAAGCAAAGGAAAAUGACUGCAAUCGAGAGCUUCGACAACAUCUACCUUGACCUCUCCAAGGAGAGCGGCAAGUGUAGGUUCGCAGAGACGGGCUUCGGGUGGAAGCCUGCCGGUGGCGGUGACACCUUUACCCUCGACCACAGCAACAUCGGCAGCGCCCAAUGGAGUCGGGCGGCCAGGGGCUACGAGAUCCGGAUCCUGCAGCGAAACUCGGGCAUCAUCCAGCUCGACGGCUUCCAGCACGAGGACUACGAACGCCUCAGCAAGAUCUUCAAGAACUGGUACAGCACCGCGCUGGAGAACAAGGAGCAUGCGCUGCGCGGCUGGAACUGGGGCAAGGCCGAGUUUUCCAAAGCCGAGAUUGUCUUCAACGUCCAGAACCGUCCGGCCUUUGAGCUGCCCUACUCCGAGAUUGGAAACACAAACCUGGCUGGCCGAAACGAAGUCGCCGUGGAGCUCGCCUUGCCCCUCAACGCCAACGACACAGGCACCAAUGGCCAGCUGGGCGGCGCGCGAGGCAAGGGCAAGAAGGCCGGUGCCGGCAAGGAUCAGCUAGUCGAAAUGCGCUUCUACAUCCCCGGCACGACGACGAAGAAGGAGACCGAGGGCGACGACGCCGGCAGCGACGCCGAGGAGGAGGAGCAGAACGCCGCCACCUUUUUCUACGAGACGCUCAUUGAGAAGGCAGAGAUUGGCGAAACGGCCGGCGAUACGAUUGCCACGUUCCUCGAUGUCAGAGGUCGUUUCGAUAUCGACAUGUACGAAGCCUCCUUUAGACUCCGCGGCAAGACGUACGACUACAAGAUCCAGUACGAGGCCGUCAAGAAGUUCAUGGUGCUCCCCAAGCCCGACGAUAUGCAUUGUCUGCUCUGCAUCGGCUUGGACCCCCCUCUCCGCCAGGGCCAGACAAGAUACCCGUUUGUCGUCAUGCAGUUCAAGAAGGACGAGGAGGUGACGAUUGACCUCAACAUUGACGAGGAAGAGCUGCAGACCAAGUACAAGGACAAGCUCGAAGCCCACUACGAAGAACCCUUGCACCACGUCGUUGCCAAAAUCUUCCGAGGCCUCGGCAACAAGAAGAUUUCUUCGCCCGCAAAAGACUUUCUUACCCACCGCAACCAGUACGGCAUCAAGUGCUCCAUCAAAGCCAGCGAGGGUUUCCUGUACUGCCUAGAAAAGGCCUUCAUGUUCGUGCCGAAGCCGGCUACGUACAUUGCGUACGAGCAGACACAGUCCGUCACCUUCUCCCGCGUGAGCGGCGCGGUCUCCGCCCUGUCCACGUUCGACAUCACCGUCGUGAUGAAGAACGGCGCCGGAUCAUCGCAGUUCAGCAACAUCAACCGCGAGGAUCUCAAAGCCCUCGAGUCCUUCUUCAAGCUCAAGGGCCUGCGCGUCAAGAACGAGAUUGACGAGGACGCGAACCUGCUCGCCGCCGCCCUGCGCGAGGAGGCCAUGGACGACUCGGACGAUGAAGUCGUCGUGCCCAAGGCGGACCGCGGAUCCGCCGACGAGGACGAGGAGAGCGUGGACGAGGACUUCCAGGCCGACAGCGACAGCGACGUCGCCGAGGAGUACGACAGCAACCACGAGAGUUCCGGCUCCGGUAGCGCCGAGAGCGACGUGGACAAUGAUGAUGACGACGAUGAGGAGAUGGACGAUGUCGACGAUGACGAGGAAGAGGAGCGGCCCAAGAAGAAGUCCAAGAAAUAG